AUGAGAUCCUUAAGCUUCCUACGGGCCUGGAUUGUCCAGAAAACCCUGCUUAAAGUGACCAUCUUUGGACUACUUCUUCAGCUCUGUUUCGCCCAUUCCUUUAGCGAUAAUGUGACUUCGGACAAUCUACUCCCACGGGCCCACGUUGUCAAUGGUCCGAUGAAGUUCGAUAGCUCCCUAGGAGAGGAGGCUGCGCAGCAUGUGAUAUGGUCUCAACAUGGGAAUUCACAACGAGCCACUAUCCAGGCAUAUGUGAGCCGAGGAUUUCUGCAGGCGCAGAAUACAAUGCAGAAUCCGACCCCAGAAGACGUUUGUUUCACCCUCUCGAACUUGAAGCUUCUCAACGAUAAAUAUAGUUCGACGAGGGUUGAUUUUGCACGGCACUCGUACACCCAGGUACGAGUCAGUAUCGAUCUUCCCACGAAAUGCAGUGACGGUGAAGUCCAGGCGGCGCUGAUCAGGAAGGCUAACAACCUGCUGGCUGAUAUGGACAAUCAAGAAACUCAAUUUGGCCAAGAGUCCCGAAGGCCUAAAGAGAGCUUUGAGAAGGAUGGGCUUUAUGUUCAAGUCAUCAAGCAUCAUGGGAGUCAGUGA